AUGGUCAUGGUCAGGUUUUGUUUUGAUCACAGGUGGAUUGACACAGUCAUGCAGUGUGUAUCGUCAGUCCGGUAUUCUUUCUUGAUUAGAGGCAAACCUAGGGGUUAUGUUUGUCCAAGUCGUGGUUUACAUCAAGGUGAUCCUCUUUCACCUUAUUUAUUUCUCAUUGGAGCUGAGGGUUUUUCUGCAUUACUACAACAGAAGCAAGCUCUAGGUUUAUUGCCAGGAAUUGAGGUUUGUGACAAUGCUCCCUCAAUAAACCAUAUGUUAUUUGCUGAUGACAGCAUGAUUUAUGCACAUGCCACUUUGGAAAAUUGUUUUGAGAUACAAGAUGUGAUUGAGACCUAUAGUAGGGCUUCUGGACAACUUGUCAAUUUUGAUAAGAGUUCAGUGGCUUUCAGUAAGAAUGUUUCGGAAGGUUUGAAAGAAGAGGUUUCCUCAUACUUGGGAGUUCAAGUGGUGGAAGUGCAUGAAAAAUACCUAGGUUUGCCUACUUACGUAGGGCGCAAGAAAACAGAUACGUUUGAGUAUAUUAAGGAGAAAUUGGCAAAGAAAUUGAGUGCAUGGCAAGGAAAAUUGCUUAGUGGGGCAGGGAAUGAUAUUCUCAUCUGGGUAGUGGCUUCUGCAUUACCUACAUAUGCUAUGAGAGUUUUUCAAUUGACAAAGAACUUCUGUGAUGAUAUGGAAUAA